GGCAGCAGCCCCGGCAGCACAGGAAGUCGCCCCGCCGAGAGAGGAGGGAGGAGGCGGAGCUCCGCCGCUCGGCCCGAGUGAUUUUUGGAUUGAAAACAAUGGGUAGAAAAGAUGCCUCUACAGCAAGGACUCCUGUUGACCAGUACAGGAAACAAAUAGGAAAACAAGACUAUAAGAAAACCAGGCCUAUGUUAAGAGCUACAAGAUUAAAAGCAGAGGCCAAGAAAACUGCACUAGGUGUAAAGGAAGUUGCCCUUGUCCUUGCAGCUAUACUGGUAUUUUUGUUGGCUUUCUAUGCUUUCUUUUAUCUUAACGUUUCCGAUGAAGUUGACCUUGAUCUGGAUCCAGAUGAAAACUAGCAGAUGCAAUGAAUCUAUCAUCAAGAUUUCUUCAACUUGAACAAGACUACGUAGGAGCACACAGUCCCUUCACUGUGAGACAGCAAAUGAUGCCAUUUCUUGCAGUCCAAAUUCAUAAGAAGUUUUGCAAUACAUCAGCCACUUUUACAUUCCAGAUCUCCAAAAUAAGAGAACGCUCAUGCCUGGCAAGCGUAUUUGGUUAACACCAAAGCUGGGAGCAGCAGCACAAUACACAAAGUUGAUUGUUUACAUUGUUUUUUUCUCAGGCAGAGAACUUUGAUUUCAAAAGACAGGUGCUACUAUUAUUGAUGCUGACUUCAUAGGAGGAGAAUCUACCUUGAGGAAAUGUAGCAAUCAAAGUUUCUUAAUAGCCAAAUUAGGUUCCUUUUACAAAAGAAAGCAAGAAUACCAAAUAAAAAAUAUUUUUCUUGUUUUCUAUUUAAAAUAUAUCAAAACCCCCUCAUCCUUUCUCACCCUUUUAAUCUUUCUUGUGCAUGUGUGCACACACGCGCACACCAAGAUGGAAGAAAUUGGGGGAAAAGAAAUAUCUUUUUAGAAGCAGUCUGUCACCUCCUAUAUGGACUUAAUUUUAUGUCAUCCCACAUUCUGUGUGCCCGUAUAUCUGCAGUAAUCUUUUUCGUUCUUUUGCCAACUGUUCAGCACACAUGUGUUCUGUCAGAAACGGCACCUGGAUGACAGAAGCUCUAACAUUCGCAUAUGCCUCUGAAACACAGUUCUUUGCCUCCUGUGCUGUCUGAACUAGUGUAAAUAGAAAGUUCAGUCAAUGUUGGUUUUAAUUAGUGUAUUGCUCUAUUAUUAAUAUAAAGCCAAAAUCGUAUUUUAAUCAUAGUCUUCCUGCUGGUUGUGGUAUCAACUUGCUCUACCUGUUAGAAGGGUGUUGUAAAAAAAUUACUUUCCAGUUUUGCAAUCAUUUUAAUCAUCAAACUAAUGUGAGAAGUUGUAAGGAUUAAGAUUUUUUUUUCAUGAGUACUAAUAAUUGGGAAAAUUUUGGCUCCAUGACAUCCUUCAGUUCUUGCAAAGUACCUUGCAGAAUAUGCACUGUAUAUAACAUUUCUGAUCCUUUUGAUAACCACAAGCCUCUUGAAGAAGUUGAAAUGUCAAAGCAGCUGCAGGGAGCUGUAAAUUGAGGCUUUAUCCUGUUCUGCUUCAGCUUUGUCAUAUAACUGAGCUUUUAAAGGUUCAGUUUUGAUCCUUUAAAAAUGUGGUCAGUCUUCCUCUAGUUUGGGUUCACUUUGAUACCAAGAAAAGCAUAGAGCCAUUGGUGCUGAAUGUGUCAAGAGAGUUAGGCAAACUGACUUCCAGAAAAGUUCUUAUAAUUCCAAAAUUCUGUUAGCUUGGCAUUAUCUCUAAUAUCAGUUUCAGGGCUGUAUGUUAGGAUUUGUUGCAACUGAGAUAUUUAGUGACUUGUUACAGAAAUGCCUGACCAAGAUUUCUUAUAUCGAUUUUGAAGGGGAUACAAAUCAGAGCAAGUAUUAGAAUGGAAAAUAUAUUUCUUUUAAAUUGACACAAUCCCAUUGUCACUACUUAAGGAACAUAGAUCAAUACAGUUAAUUUUUAAACCAUGCAGUAACUAUGACCAUAUACAUUAUGAGUCUCUAAGGAUCUACUUCUUAUCUGUCACACUCCUCAUUCACUUUAUGCAAUGCAAAACAAGUCCUCUAGAAAUUCAAAGUCUUCCAAGAAGAGUAUGAGAGAGCAUAAACAUAUAUAUGCAAAUAGUUAUCAUUUUCUAAUUAUGACUGUUACAGAGACAAAACCCUAACAUUUAUGCAUUCAUAUGACUUACAGUCCACUAAUACUCACACACAGGACCAAAUGCUUAGCAACAUGUUGCAUUUCUGAUGAAGCAUUAUCUGACACAUGGCCCGACUUUCAGUGGAGAGAAAAGCAAAUCACAAGCUGUCUCCUUGGAUGUGACAUGCCUUUCACUUCACCAGUGCCACACCACAUGUCACAAAAGCUGCAGACCUCUCCUGUUACUUUGCAUGAGCAGUUUUCUGUUUCAUAAAAUGCUGUAAGGAUUGCUUGCUUAGUGUCUGCAGGAAGCUCUCUGGGUGAUGUAUGGCCUGAGAAUGAUGUGCAGUUUUAUCCCCUUUGUGCAGAUUGUCUCUUAACUUGUUUUGUGAAUCAGUUACAUGAAAAAGCAAGCUAUUCUUACUGUCAAAUUGAUGAACUUGAAGUUCCAAAAAGACUGCAUUUCCUGUAAUUAUGACUCAUACACCAAAUCUGAAGUGCAUGUAUGUGUGACUGAAGCAGCAUCCCUGAUUUGUGGCUUGUUAGUCCAUAUCACACUCAAGUGCGGUAGUUUACAGUUUGUCCGUUGGCUUUGUUUAGAUUACACCUUUUCAUUCACAUGGAAGAUAUUCUCAUGUAACAAGAAAAUUUCUGUUCUGCUUUGAGAAGCUGAGUAAGCUUCUGUUCAGUGUGCAUAGCAGUACAUGGCAAAUAUUGUAGGAAAUACACUUUUUCUCUUAUCAGUACAAUGGAGGUAUAUGUCAAUAGAUUUUGAAAGCUGAAAGCUCUCACUUUUUAUGAAAUUACUCAUCCUUGUUUUUCUAAAAGGCACAAGCAUGACAAUAUUAGCAAUGAGGUCUCAUUCUGAGCUUACUAAGUUAUUAUUCUCCUGAGUUUACUGAAAUUACAACUGAUUUAUUCCAAGGCAAAGUCAGAAUCUGACCUGAAGUUAUUUCUGCUUUCUGCUUUCUGGAGGACUACUAUCCAUGCCUGAUAUUUUAAAAGUAGAGACCUUGCAAACAUGUUGGGCUUAUUUUGCCCUUAAUUCUAUCUGAGAUUGAAUGACUCUUGGGUUUUGGACCAUCUAUCUUUGUAUGAGUUACUCAGUGUCUAUUUUAAUAAUAAAUGUAUUUUUUCUAUUUUUGUGCUCUUAUUAAUGCUGGAUGUGUCAUGCUGAAUUAUAUGUACAUUUGAAAGGAUGCUAAAGCAACCUAAACAGCACAAUGUUCAAAUGUAGUACUCACCAGUUUCAGAAUAUCUGGGUUAUUCUAGGCAGUUCUAGCCCCUAAGCUCAUAUUAAAACUAAGUAUAGCCUAUGAAUGCUUAAAAGACAGUAAAGAGAACUUCCCUUGGUAUCAUACCAAGUACCAAUAGAGCAGAUCUCUUUCUGCAGACAAAAUUGUUCCAUGUAGCUCCCAUCAACUUCAAACUGAUUGACUUUAUUAUAAAAGUAAUACUUUUAUGUGUUUGUUUUAAGGAAAGAUUGAUGAUCAAACCAUUUUCACAGCAGUCCUGACCUACCAGGGUGGAGUGGUUUAUUUCAAGGAUGUUCGCCUCUGAGGAUAGAGUAGAUGUCAGCAUUGUUGUCCUCUGCUUGUGGAGCAAACUGAAGUUUCUUUCCAGCAGAAGCUGCAGAGGAGAUGCCAUUAGUGAUUCCUUCCACUGUAGCUAAGAGUGAAUGUCCUAUCUGGAAGAGACUCUAUCUAAGAAGGCACAGCAGUCUUCCAGUAAAGGUUUUGCUCAGUGAACCUUUCCUCAGCAGUUUUCCUUUUCCCUUUGAUCUUACAAAAGCAGAACCAGCACCUAGACCAUCUCAAGACAGAAGCCUCGGUAUAGGAGUUCUACUGGAGCUGCUGUGAACAGUGCCAAGGAAAGGCUUUGACUCUUUAACUCUAUUUCCUAGAAUCCAUAAAUAUAUUUUACUGGAAGCCUAGGAGGGAUGUUAAGCGUUUCCCUAAUGGACCCUAGAGAUAAGCUUUUCUUGAGAAUGCUUUAUUUAAAACUGCUGUUGCAUAUCAUACAAAUGUCAUGUGAUUCAGGAUCUAUCAUAGCUGCUUCCGUGUAUCAGGCCAGCUGUAGUAGUCUGAAAGGUUAUGCUGCAACACAUGACUGUGAACAUGCACAACAUGAGCAAAUUCAUCUGGUCAGUUGUCAUCUGGAGUAGUUGGCCUAACAAGUUGUGUUUGAGAGCAAACAGUUUUUAAAAGACCCUACUAAACGAAGGCACAGAUAAAGUCCUACAAAAGUGAGAGUCCUACGAAACCCGUUCAUCACAUUUCCACGAGAGUUGCUACCGUGGAAGAUUAUCUGCUGAUGUAGGCCAAGUUUUGAAUGCUACCCUUUCAGGGAGGAAAACCUUGCUAGCUGCUCCUGUUAGAGUGAUGAUUCAUUUUGCUUUGAUAUAGGAUUGUGCCCAUAAGGUACAACUGAACCAGUUGGUGAAGGUCAAAAGCGUCUAGGACAAUUCUCAGUAAAGGACUCUCAAAAUGCAGACUAGGCAAGUUAGAGUGCCAACAAACAGCAUACCACAGAUCUUGAUCGCAUUUCAAGUUUUACUUACAGUAGUGUGAUUAUUAGCGAUGCUUAUGACUAAGAAAAUAAGAAUAUGGCUUCUCAAUAAGACAGCACAAAUAUGAUGUUGGAACUGCUUGUUAAAAGAUUUUGUAGUGGAUUUUGCCUGCACUUUGGGAAACAAAUCCAUGAGAUAAAUAAACUGGCAAAGAUUGUGAUAUUACACUUAAAAUAUUUUUCCCUGAAAGAGACGACGGAGAUACUUUGCAACACUUUUCCCUGUCAUCCUCUUAGUUUACUGUAAUACACUAUUUUGUAGAUGUAUUUCUACACUCUUCCAAGAGAGGCAAAAUAUUUUUUGUAGUUCAUCAAUGCACUUAAUUGACAGAAUCUCCUGCUCUUCCUUUUAUCCCCCCCUUAAUCACAACCAAAUUGGUGGGGAAACAGCCAAAAUCUUAGGUACCAGUGUCUCUCAAGCAGAUGUCACAUCACUAUUUUUUUUGCUUGUUUAAAUGAGUAAACAUGUAAAACUGUGAAGUAUUACAUUUUAGAUUUUUUCAUUAAAAAAAAAAAAGGACAAUCUGUUUACUGUCCUUAAUUGAGACAACAAUCCUGCUGGUUGCCAGUUUUGGCAGUUGUAAUGAUGAACUAUAAAUAUUGGGAUGAAUCAACUAACUGGUGAUUGUAGAGGAUAGUUCAAGUAGAAGCCUCAUUCUGCAUGAAUACUUUUUAUCAG